AUGCAGAUAUUCACACUGCUGCUGAAAGCUGUUCCGCUUAUCACCCUCUGGGCCGGCGAUUACCAAGAUUUCUCCCUCGAACGCGAUUUUUGGGCUCAAGACUGGAUAACGCCAAUAUCAACUUUGAGCGCUAACUCAAUGUCUGCUUCAGUCUUGGGUGAAUCCUGGGUGGUAGCCUCAGCUCACACCGAGGGAGAAGAUGCCAAAGGUGGAAGCUGCUCUGAGGUGCCGGAACAGACUCGAUCGGUCAUAGAAUCUGGAUGUAAACAUGGAUCCGAGUCUACGACCUCGUCCGUGCCAGGACCAGAGUUGAUAAUGCCUUCAAUCUACGAGACUCCAAUCACCGAAUCAUCUUGGGUUCUGCCGAGUGUGCGGGCAAAGGCAGAACAUACUACUCUCAGGAGAAGGCAUCAAUCCUCCGCUGAGCCUGCCAGGGCAGAGAAGGCGGCUCCCAAUACACCAGACCAGAACGCUCAUUCGACCGCGGCAUGUGCAGAUCAACCGCGUUCCCGUCUGGCGUUGUUUGAGGCAGCGAUCCGAGCCAUCAUCAACAUCAUCCUUUGCGCCGCAAUUUCGCAUCUGCUUGUCCUUCCUGAGCUGGUGCAACAGUAUCAAGCCAUGUGCUCCAUAGGUGCCAUCUCGGCGCUAUACCCAUCCAGCUGUAUCUCACCGCACGUGCCGCACUUUAGCUCCCAUAAAAACAGCCAAUGGUCAACCCCGGAAGCCGUUCUAUCAUCUCAGGCGCGGCUAGAACUCCUGUUCAAUGCAACCCUGCGUGAAAUGGCACCCCUCGACAAUGCUCUGAAACAGACAGAGUCUCAACUCCGCACAGUCGAACAGGAACUGAGACUCGCGCAACCAGGCACGAAACACGAGUUGGACCUUGAAUUCGAGAGCUGCUGGCGCGUCAUCCGCAUCGCGGCGUGGAAGUUCGACUCCCUCAAGGUUGACCUCCGAUCUGCAGUCGACAGUCUCGUCUCAGCGGGCAAUGUGAAAUCGAAUUUUGCACCAAGCGAGUCGCAGGCCUCUAUUGCCCACGAUGCUCGUCUAUCUACUCAGAUGCUACGUCGUGAGGCAUACGUUAACCAGCUUAUGACACGCAUGCGCUCCAAGGCCGACUCCCUUGCCGCUGACCUUGCCACGCUAGAUGACCAUCUCGAGUCCAUCGAAAACAUCGUGGACCGUGAAAUAAAACACUCGUACUUUCCUUCGCAGCUAAAAGACUCAUCUAGUCGACUAUUGGCUUUUGUAGACGUCAUUGUGCCUCCCGGCGUUGCGCUCCCUUCAUUUCUCAGUGCGCGCAGGGCCGGUAGGCCCGACGACAGCAACGUCGACCCCGCAUCUACUACCCCUUCUCCGAAACUUACCCUAUCAGAAAUCUUUGGUGAAGCUACAAGGCACCACCGCUCCGUCGCUAGGGUAGCAAGGAAUCUAUCCAAGCAGCUGCAAUAG